AUGCGGCCGGGGCCGUGCCCCGGAAGGGAAGCGGGGGCCGCGGGGCCGGGCCGGGCGCCAUGGCGGAGCCCAGGGCUCGGGGGGACCGGGCCGGGCGCUCCGUGUCCGUCGCCACCCCGCUGAGGCCGGCCCGGGGCUGCCCCUCCCUCGGCAGCAGCCUUGCCCUGUACUUUUCAUCAAGCAGUGAUGAUGAAUUUGAAAUGUUUUUAUCUAGAAUGAAAACUCCCAAACCAGUCUCCAGAAAGGAACAUGCAAGUUUAAAGGACUUCAUUGAUGACUCGGAUGAUUUCUUCUUGGACCAUGAAGUGAGAAGGAGCACAACAAAGAAGGCACCUAAGGAUCUUCAGACCCCAAAGAAGUUGAUGACUCCUGGAAAGGAAAACGCUUGCUCCCAAAAAUUAAAGAAGUCCAAAUCCAAAAAGUAUUCAGAGGUUUUAAGUGACAGUGAAGAUUGUGUCUUUGUGGAAAGUUCAUGGCAAGACUACCGAAAUUGGGGAGUGAAAGACUUGAAAGAGAGUCAGAGGUGCAUGAAACUCCCACCCCCACAAAAUCAGAAAGAGUCAGUUGCCACAGGUAGUCCAGACUUCCUCGUUGGAAGGAAAGAAAGAAGUUGUGAAAAGAGUACAGAAAAUAAAACGCCAACCGUUCCACUACGACUGAGUACAGGGUUAGAAUCAGACAGUUCAGACAGUGAAUUUGAAUCAUUGAUAGAACGGGUAAGGAAACGAAGUGUACCCCGAAAACCGCUCAUAAGCACAAGUAAAUCUGUCUACCAGCCAAGCCCAACAGAAAACAUCAAGCCACCCUGUGAAGGUGCCCAGUCUUCAAAAGGGAACGGAAUCAAGACACCAAAAUCAAACUCCAUUUCACUUCAAGAAACACCUUCCAGUGUAACAGCUUCUGUGAGAAUUCCUAGGAGUGAGUCAGUCAGUUGCUCAGGCUCGGCACAGACAGAGAAAAAGCUUAACGUGUGCUCAGUGCCUGGCUGUUUCUUGCAAGAUCUCUCAAAUCCAGCUUCCAAGUAUGUGAAGUAUUUCAAGAAAAGUAAAGAGGAGCUGACACAGAAGCUCUACGCUCUCUAUAACAGCACCAUCUUUGAGCAGAAGUUACCAGAGAAUAUGGUAAUAAUCUGGAACAAGAAAAUGAGAAAAACAGCAGGAUAUUGUGUAACGGGGCAAACAAAAGGUCCUGAAGCACAGCGUUAUGCUCGAAUAGAGCUUUCUGAGAAAGUCUGUGAUUCUGCAGAUCGUCUUCGAGACACGUUAAUCCACGAGGUUUGCCAUGCAGCCACCUGGCUGAUCAAUGGUGUUCGCGAUGGGCACGGCCGAUUCUGGAGAUUCUACGCCAGGAAAUCAGCUAUGAUUCACCCAGAACUGCCAAUGGUAACACGAUGCCACAACUAUGAGAUUAAAUACAAAUUCAUCUAUGAGUGUGUGCUGUGCAAAACCACGAUUGGACGUCAUUCCAAGUCUCUGGACACGGAGCGCUUCGUGUGUGCAUUCUGCGGGGGGCGGCUGGUCCUGAGUCAGCCCACUCAGAAAGAUGGCACUCCUGCUAGGACACAGCUCACACCCUUUGCAAAGUAUGUGAAAGAAAAUUACGGACUUACUAAAAGAGAACAGCAGGGGUUGAGCCACGCAGAGGUUAUGCGGAAACUCAGUGCUGAUUUUGCCUUAAAAACUCGGCUCGAAGAUUCCUUUUAACAGCUUGAUGCACUUAAUUUCUUGAUGCCAUUAACGUUUGUAUGUAGCGGUAAGGUAGAUGGGCUAUCAUGGGAUCUGUGAGAAGGUGUCUUGGAGGAUUCCAGACAAUUUUAAUACUUCAAAACUUUAGUUUGAAGUACUUUAAAUAUAAAGAUGACCCUAAAGCUUAAGUGAGCAGAAGUAAUGAUGAUGACAGAAUGUCUGUGGCAAAUCAAUCAGCCAGGGUAUUCCUCUUAGAAGAUGCAGUUCUGGACCCUUCCUGGGCUAGACUCGCUGUGUUUGUCUGGAACUGUCUGAUCUGUAUUUACACAUAGUGCUUGGUAGCAUGUAUUCAGUGACUCCAGUGAACUAUUAAUUUACUGUUCCUUCUGAGGAGCUGAUCUGUUCAGUACAUUCCUGUGUGUGCUAUGUGUAUGUCUGACUGGGACUGCCAGCUGUGAGAAAAAUCCAGGCAUGUGAGCAAAGUCCUCCGAUUCUGUCUGGAUCACUCCCAAGUGAUCCAGGAAGACCUUGGUAUGAAUUCAGGCAUUCUCUCACAGUUCAAGUAAGCCUUGGCUGUUUUUCUUAAACAGUGCCUUAACUCUUUUAUAGUAAGUGUGAGUUUUUGCAAAGCUCUCUGGCUCCUUGUGAGAUCAGAGUUCUUUCUGAUUAAUUUUUGACUGCAGUUGUGCCUCUGUCACUGAGACUUCAUUGAAGCUACAACAGAUGCAAAAGGAAAGGUAGACAAAAAACAACUUCAAAUGCUUUUUUUGACCACAGAAUGACAAGAUCUAGUCUAACGUAUUUUUUCGUGUAGAACAUGAUUCAACACACAUUUGUCUGCUGUGAACAAGUUUGCUCAGGUGGUUAUUAAGUUUUGAAUAAUCAAUAAAUGUUUUUUAUACCAUUUGUCAUAACAAAA